AAGUUUUUAAACGAGUCCUGCUCCAUCUGCUCCGAAGAUUUCAUUGAGAAGUCCUUUGUGUGCGAACUUCAAUGCCGACAUGUCUACCAUUUUGCAUGCAUACGUCUAUGGCUGCUAAAAAAAUCUUCGUGUCCCUUUUGUCGACAGGCGAUC